AUGGACAAUAAUACUAAAGAGGGGCCUCGUGCUCCGUUCAACCAGUCGGCGUUCCAUCAACCCAAUGCCAAAGAGCGGUUCUAUCGUUACUUUCAGGAAGAAGUGACAGAGCUCCAAGAACAGAUAAGCCAACUGGGAAGCCAUGCUCUGGCUGGAGGAGAAAGACAAGAUGCCAUAGACAACUGCAUUGCUCGUAUUUCCAGACUUUCAAAUGAGGUCACGGAUGCGACGGAUUUCAUUCCGGCUUAUGACCAACGAACGUAUUCACAGGCCAUCCAAGCCCUCAAGGAAAAGCUAGACGAGACGCGAGCCAAGUUCGCACCCAAGAGUAGGUUUAAGUUCAAGACGACGAAUAAGAAUAACUCCGCCAUCUCCUUGAGUGAUGCAGCAGAGCUCGCAAAACAACAGCGUCUCCAACAUCCGGCCCUCAGACCAGGGUUUUCUUCGUCAACUGAGUCCUCAAUGGCUACCACACCGGCAAACCCGAGCGAGGUUGAGACCAGAGAUACAUCAUCUGUAAAGAACUACAACAGUAAAAUCACGGCGGGAGGAUCUGGGUCUACUCGGACGCCGAGUUUCUCGCGAGCAACUGAUAUCAAUAUUUCGGGUCAUACAGGCCUGCAUAUCAUCCUUCCUGUAUCUGCUUCUCGAGCCACUUCAUCCGGCUCUCUUACGAAGCUAAACAGGUGUAUUGUCGAUACAUCUGUUCCAACCGCGGAUGGUGCCCCUUUCGCUGGCCUUGCCUUGAAGGAUAUCAAGAACUCACUGAUCAUAGUCGGCCAUGUGGCUGGUGCCGCUCACAUAACCGCAGUUCAAGAUAGCAUUAUCGUCGUGGCUUCCAGACAAGUCCGAAUGCAUGAUUGCAACAAUGUGGAUAUAUAUCUACAUUGUUCAAGUCGGCCUAUCAUCGAAGAUUGUCGAAACGUUCGCUUUGCCCCCAUUCCAGCAUGCCAUGCUAUUGCUUCACAGGAGCCAGUCCAGAACCAGUGGGAUCAGGUUGAUGAUUUCAAAUGGCUCAAAGCAGAGCCCAGUCCCAAUUGGAGCAUCCUUCCAGAAGGUCAGAGACUCCAGGAAGAUAUCUGGACAAACGUCGUUCCAGGUGGGCCAGGGGUUGGACCUGAUGAUAUUUUGGAAAGGGUCGGUAUUGUCAAACAAUAA